GAAUGCGCCAGCUGGGAUUCCGGGUUUUUGACAGAAUCCAACGUGUAUAAAACGAAGCGUGUAUAAGACUGAUGUAGUUGCAUCAAGUAAUUCAUUAAAAUAAUAACUGCAUAAGAUAAAGGAUUCUAUAUAUUUGUGUUACACGUUAAUCAACAUAUUUUUUCCCUGAUUACAUUAUUGGUACAGUGCAGAUUAUACAUUCAAAAUGAAUAAAUCAAUGUUGAUAAUUUUUUCAAUAAUUAUUGGAAUUAUAUCUGUUACUACAGCUUUAAAAAAUGAUGAAUGUGAAGUAUGUAUUUCAACUGUGGAGAAAUUUGUUAAUACCUUAAGUGAUGAUGUAAAGAAAAAUACAAAGAAAAUAGAAGCAGCAUUUAAAGAAUUUUGUAAAGGAACUAAAUCCAAGGAGAACAGAUUUUGCUAUUAUUUGGGUGGUUUAGAAGAAUCUGCAACAGGUAUUUUAGGUGAAUUGAGUAAACCCAUAUCUUGGUCUAUGCCUGCAAAUAAAGUAUGUGAAAAGCUGAAAAAGAUGGAUGCUCAAAUAUGUGACUUAAGAUUUGAAAAACAAAUUGAUGUUAACACUGUAGACCUGAAGAAACUCAAAGUACGUGACUUAAAAAAAAUCCUGAGUGAGUGGGAUGAAACAUGUGAAGGUUGUAUAGAAAAGACAGAUUUUAUUAAGCGAAUUGAAGAAUUGAAACCUAAAUAUUCUCAUAGUUCAAAAUCAGAACUCUGAAAACUGUUCAGUGAUGUAGAUAAAUUAUUAGGUUAAUAUGGCUAAGCUUUUUAAUAUUAUUAUUUACGAAACUGAAAAUAUAAUUUAUUCAUUCUAAGAGAUCAUUUUAUAUAAUUGUUUAAUUGGAUUUUUGAAAGUCAGCAUAGAUACUUAAAUUCAGUAAGUAACAUUAAAUUAUAUUUCUUUAAAUUGUAUUAUUAAGCAAUAUCUUAGAUAUAAAUUAGGGAUAUUAAGUAAUGACAUUUGUUUGAGAGGAAUAACUCCUUUUAGUGUAGCCAUGUUAAUGCAAGUUAAGUAUCAUAAAAGGUGCUCCAUUUUUAUCAUACCAGUUUUAGAUAAACAUAAAUCAGUCAAAUUUUUCAUACUACAUGUUACUUUCACGAUUUUAUUUUCCAUUGCUCUUCACCAGCUAUUCUGAUACAGUGCGUUUAUACAUGUAUGAAUCCUAUUUAUACCAAAAUGUGAUGUUCAGUAUGAACAGAUGUAUAUGUGGUAAAUUACUAAUAAUGUAUUGUUACAUAUAUUUAUUUUUUUCUUUUUAUUAUAUGUAACACUAACAAAGUAGUAAUAGUAACACUAUUACUAACUACUUAAAAAAAAAAUAUUGCUGUAUCCCAACAUCUUUUAUCAGUUGCAUAUAAUGAUACAACUUCUUGUUAUAUCCGUAAAAAGUUUGAUUUUAUCGACUAAUUUAGAUAAAAUCUGAAGUCUCAACAAAUGCUCAGUAUUAUACACUCGUUAAUGAUUUAAAACCACUUAUACCUUAUUCAGAAAUUAUAAUAUAAUACGCGUAUAAGUGUGUAGAUUGUCUUUAAGUAUACAAUUGAAACUCAUUAUUGACAGAACACCAUUUCUUGUAUAGUGAUAUUAUUUUGUGAGAAUAUAUUUACCAAAUGUAAAAUGAAGAAGUCAUCAAAGAUUUAAUAAUUAUGGCAUUUAAUAAAAAAAUCUGUCAGAUAAA